AACGCUCAGAAUCAUGCAAGGGGUUGUUAUCUGGUCCGCUCUGCUGAGUGCGCUCACAGGGGUCUCUGCCGCGCCUCUUCAAGAACUCAACACCUCCUCCAACAACACCGCAGUCGCUUCUGGCCAGGUUGCAUUCAAGUUUCCGCUAGCGAACGGCUUUCCCAACAUCAAGAUUCCUAGUCCUGAGCUGCGCACCAUUGAGGAAGCUGCUGUUGGAAUAUUGCCUAAUACACCUCUGGCCAAACACCUCGCACCAGCGGAUGUCACCAGUUUCCAGCUGAUUGCAUUUGCCGAGCUGUUCCAAGUUGCUUACUACACAUCUUUGUACAACAACAUCACUCGGAGUGUUUCCGGAUAUGCAGUCCCUGGUCAGAUAGAGCCAUUCCUUCUUUCCGUCUUGGAGAAGACCAUCGCUCAAGAAGAGCUUCACGCUCUCAGCGCAAACGCCGUUCUCAACGCUGCUGGUUACGACUCCGUUCAGCCUUGUCAAUACGUUUUCCCAUUCGACAACUUCUUCGCUGCCAUCGACUUUGCCACUAUCUUCAGCGACGUCGUCAUUGGUACCUACCAGAACUUCCAGACCACCCUUGCUGUCAACGGAGACAGUGGUUAUAUUGCUCUGAUGGCGUCUAUCGCAGGUUCAACAAACCCCGCCGAACUACCCUUUCUGUCCAUCUCCACCGGCCCCUGGGCCUACGCUGCUCUGACUCAUCACGUCGUCGUCAAGGACUCAUGCCCAAAUGCCGACGCCAUCAAGGUUCCCAGCUUUGGAGACCUCUUCCUCACCAAUUCAUCUCCUAAUGUGUCGUUGACCACCACUGAGCUUGCAUUCGCCUUUGUCAACAACGGCAAGAAACCCACUGACCUCCGUCUGGUGUACACAAAUGCUCAGAACAUUCCGAUUGUCAAGAAACUUGAGAACGUUAAGACGACUGGAAACUUUGUCUCUUUCACUGUACCUUUCUCGUACAGCGAUACCAUCAUGAGCGGAAUGACCAUGUGCUGGGUCACUUCUAAGAAUGGCGACUUUUCGUCUGCCAAUGGGGUCACUGCUGCUAGCUUGUUUGGUCCUGCUAUCUUGAAUAUCAAC